UGGCCACCACUAGUAUUAAUAUCUUGAGUAUUUAGUAGUCGAGGCGCGCAUAUCCGACUCCUUGCCAUCGACAAUGAACUGAUUAAUGCAGUUUGUUCAUCGAUUAUUUACUCGCUCUCGGCCCAUGAUGGCGCAACUCCAGCAACUUUUCACCGAGGCAGCCCAGCCGCUGCCCCCCAUCUCGGACCCCAGCUUCGGCUCGCAUUUUGAUGACUUCGGAAAUUACAAGGUCGUGCUACUAGGUGACGGUAGCCAUGGCACGUCGGAAUUCUACGCCGCGCGCGCGGAGAUAACCAAGCGGCUCAUCGAGCAGCAUGGCUACACGAUGGUGGCCCUCGAGGCGGACUGGCCCGACGCUGAGGCCAUCGAUCGCUACGUCCGCCAGCGUCCCGGCCCUAAGGCGGGCAUUGGUGGCAAGGCUCGCGACCUCGAGCCCUUCAAACGGUUUCCCACCUGGAUGUGGCGCAACCGCGAGAUGCAGGAUCUCGUCGAGUGGAUGCGCGACCGCAAUUCCAAACUGCCCGACGAGAAGAAGGCCGGGAUCUACGGCUUGGAUCUCUACAGCAUGGGCGCGUCCAUCCGCGCCGUAAUCGAUUACCUGGACCGCGUGGAUCCAGCCGCGGGCAAGGAGGCUCGCCGCCGGUACGGCUGCCUCCAGCCCUGGGUGGACGAACCCUCCGCGUACGGGCUGGCCUCGCUCCGCGGGAUGGAGGACUGCGAGCGCGGGGUGCUGCAGAUGCUGCGCGACCUGCUGGACAAGCGGCUGCAAUACGCGCAGCACGAUGUGCGCGACGGGGAGGAGUUCCACAGCGGCGAGCAGAACGCGUUUGUCGUCCGCGACGCGGAGCGCUACUACAAGGCCAUGUACUACAGUUCCGCCUCCUCGUGGACACUGCGCGACACGCACAUGUUCGACACUCUGCGACGGCUGUUCCGGCACAAGCCCGCUGACGCCAAGGCCAUCGUCUGGGCGCACAACUCGCACUGCGGCGAUGCGCGCUAUACCAGCAUGGGCACGCGCCGCAAAGAGGUCAAUAUCGGUCAGUUGAUCCGAGAGAAUUUUGGCCGCGAGAAUGUCGCAAUCCUCGGAUGUGGCACGCAUACUGGCACCGUGGCCGCCGCCCACGAAUGGGACGAGGAUAUGCAGGUAAUGAAGGUGCGGCCGUCUCGUGAUGAUAGCUGGGAGAUCAUCGCCCACGAUACGGGAAUCCCCAACUUUGUGAUUGAUCUGCGCAAGGAACACCUCGAUCCUGCUUUGCGUACGGCGAUGGCCGCUGAAAAUAUGCGCCUGGAGCGGUUCAUUGGGGUCAUCUAUCGUCCGGACACGGAGCGUGCCUCGCACUACUCGCAGGCGUAUCUCCACAACCAAUUUGAUGCGUAUAUCUGGUUCGACGUUACUGAAGCCGUCAAGCCACUGGAGAAGGUGCAACCAAAGACUCCUUUGGGACAGGAGGAGACCUAUCCAUUUGGCUUAUAGUGUGUAUUUACCAAAGGUAACCAGACUGUCUGUUAGUACUGUUUUUUAGUGAUCCAAAGGGGAACAAUUUAAUCAGAAGAUAGUCAGAAGAGAACAAUAUCCGCAAGUACAGAUUAUGAUCGACUGACUCUUGCAUCAUGUCAUGCUAUGAUAGCUG